UUAUGCAGCCAGGCCGUCUUCUUCUUCCCUUUUAACUGCAACUAGAAGUUAGAGUAAGAAUGGAAUUUUGCCCGACGUGUGGAAUUUUAUUGAAAUACGAACAGCCAAGCAUGGGUCAGCCAUCCAGAUUCUAUUGCUCAACUUGCCCCUAUUUUUGUUCUAUAGAGACCCGGGUUAAGAUAAAGAGAAAACAUCAGCUGGUUAAAAAAGAAGUAGAGCCAGUUUUUACCCUUGCUGACAUGAUGAAAGGCGGUUCUGAAACUGAUAAUGUAACAUGUCCUCAUUGCAACUUUGGAAAGGCCCGUUUUCAUGAGCUACAGAUUCGGUCUGCGGAUGAGCCUGCGACAUUGUUUUUCUGUUGCAUGAACGACAAGUGCUCGAAGAUGUGGCGUGAGAAUUAGCUACUUUUUUUAUGCAUUUUUUGGUAAGCUAAUAUUGCAAUUACUUGUUUUUUAUGUAAGAGUUGCUCAUACAAUCCAUAUAAUUAUAUGAAUUCUCAUGGAAGGUUUAGAUUUCCAACAAUGUUACAAAUACAGUAUUCACAAAACUUAGACAAUGGUAUAAACUAACCUAGAAUUACAGUAGUGACUAAUGAUGAGGUACUUUUUUCUUUGCUAUCCACCGCUUUUUGGCAGCAUCCAAUGCCUCCUCUUUCAUCCUUGAAAGCUCCCGAAACCAAUUCUGGUACUGUGCUUCAAUUGCAUCCAGCUCCACCUUUAGAUCAAUAUCUAUAUCUUUCCCAACUAUGUAUGAAGACGGCAACUCGUACUUCUCAAUUCCAUUCAUUUGCGUGUUUUCUCCGACGCAGCUGUCACUUCUUUCCAAUUUGUGAGGAAUACAAGCAUCCCUGAGUUCUGGUUCAGGAAUAUACUCGCUCAACUUGAAACUUCCAUCAAUGUUGUAAUCAUGGAGUUCAGAUGUUCUAUAAUCUUUUGAGGAUGCAUCUUCCACCAAUAUCUCCGAAACAACUGAUGUUAGCGAAUCUUGGUCAUCCAUGUUAACCAAAUUUUGAGAAGAAUAAUAGUCAAAGUGAAAAACACCGCCAUCAGGGUUGUCACUGCUAAAGCAGUCACCAACUUGUACACUAAGUUCUGGUGCAGCCGUGGUUAGCCCAGAGAUAGCAUCUUGCUCGACCACUGGCUGACCAAGCACUGGAUCCCAGUGGGAAGCCACUGAGUUCUCAAGGACUGUAGAUGCCGUGUAAAAUCUCAUCAUUUCACUCGAGGAAUAAGUCGACGAUGGCUUCCAACCAGGAAUUAGUUUCAUAAUCAAGUGAUCGAUGAACUCUGCUAUGAAGGACACAUCAUGAUCUGCCAAGCUCAGCUGUUCAACCAUCUCACUUGCCACCGAUAGUGCAGUAUCACUGUCAAGGUAGAAUAGGAAAUGAAUAUUCCUAACUCGACCUGCAAGCAGCCAGGUUGUAUUCUGGUUAUCAUGUUCAGAAAGUGCAAUGAAUAUCAACGCCACAAAUGUAAAUUUACUUACAAGAAGAGUCAGCAAUUCGCAAUGUCAAUGAUACGGAAUUAUCAUCACCUUUUGUUCCUUUUAACCUAAACUCCUUGUUCUUAUAAGCUUUCUGAUAUUCCAACACCGACAAUCUUGAACCGUCAUUGUUUCUAUCGGUACAUGUGCUUGCAGAAAUCUGCUUGUAGUCAGCAUCUAUGUCCAUGGACAGGGGUCCUGACUUGGUUGUACUUAAUGAUUUAGGGUACUGGUUAGGUAAAAGCAAGGGAUCACGCAUUGGUUCUACUGGGUUUCGAGGCUGAAGGAAUGGAUCUUUGAGAAGAUCUUUGGCAGACAGUCUCUCAGAUGCUGGAGCCAGGCAUUUCAGGAUAAACUCCUUAAUUUGUGGAUCACUAACACUUUUAAGACAAGCAGGUUUAAUACCCUGCAAUAUACAGAGAUCGACAUGAGUAAACAACAAAAUAUCAAGGUCUAAGAGAUGAUAAAUGCUUAUAAUAAGUUCAUGAUCCUUGAACUUACAGAGGUGACCUUCUUGUAAAUUUGAGCUGGAUUUUUACAUUCACUGUAUGGGUAUUCAAAAGUAACCAUUUCGAGCAUGCACAUCCCGAAAGAAUAUAUAUCUAUGAGUUCAUUA